CAGGCCUUCCAUAUCACCGAACAGCAGCUUUUCCACUGCUCCUGACUUCAUUUUAUAACCUUCCUUCAGGUUUCUAAGCUAAGCACUCAUGAUAUGAUCCAGCUAGCUUAUAGGGAUCAACAGCCUCCUUCUGAAUAAUGGUUAAAAACGGAUCCCACCUGGACAAUGAAACGCUGGCAAUGCUCCAGAAUAAAGCUAUCUCCAUCACCCUCCCAGUGGUGUACACAGUGGUGGCUUUCAUCAGUAUCCCUGGCAACCUGUUCUCCCUUUGGGUGCUCUGUUGGCAUAUUAAACCCAAAACUUCUUCUGUUAUCUUCAUGAUCAACCUCAGCAUCACAGAUCUCAUGCUGGCCUGCUGCUUUCCUUUCCAGAUUAUCUAUCACAUCCAAAGCAAUCACUGGGCCUUUGGUAAGACUCUCUGCAGCCUCGUGACCGUGAUGUUCUACUCCAACAUGUAUUCUUCAAUACUGACCAUGACUUGUAUCAGCAUUGAGCGGUACAUGGGGGUGGUAUAUCCCAUGAAGUUAAUAAAGUGGAGAAGAAAAAGGUAUGCCCUAGCUGCCUGCCUAGGAAUGUGGAUUUUCUUGAUGUUAGCUCUCUACCCACUAGAAACCACAGAUCUGACCUAUGAAGUGAAAGAACUGGGGAUUGUAACCUGUUUUGAUGUCCUCAAAUGGGAUAUGCUGCCCAACUUCGCAGCCUGGGUAGCCUUUCUCCUUACGUUAUUUAUCGUGCUCUUUUUGAUCCCUUUUAUUAUAACAGUGGGAUGCUAUAUUGGCACCAUUCGGAAGCUUAUUCAGACAUCUAACAGAUAUGGUAACAAGCAGAAGACUAGAUCUUUAUACCUGGCAAUGAUAGUCCUUUUAGUAUUCAUCACUUGCUUCGCCCCCAAUAACUUUAUCCUACUUGUGCAUAUGGUCAGCCGCCUAUUUUAUAGCAAGAGUUUGUACCCUGCCUACAAGCUUACCUUGUGCCUCAGUUGCCUCAACAAUUGUAUUGAUCCCUUCAUUUACUACUUUGCAUCCAAAGAAUUUUACCAGAAAUUCAUGCAAGUGUUUCGUCCCAAGGCACUGCUCAGUGACAGCUUGGAAAACAGAAGGGAAAGCUUAUUCUCUGGCAGGACCAUGUCAGCCAGGUCUAUGUCAAGUGGACCUAUGGAUGGGUUAGAGGGAGUAAAAGUCUACUUGCAAAGGCAUGAAAGUGUUUUUUAGCCUUAGACUUCUCAAGCAGAAAGGCACCUGUGAGUUCCAUGAGUAGAGAAAGGCGGCAUUUCUUUUUGAAUGGCUAUUCUCAAAAUGACUUGUCCCAGUGACAGAAGUUUAACUAUACUUAAGAGAGAAUAUCUCACAUGCUACUUUAGCAAGCUACUGUUUCCUAGGAAGAAAUGGAAGAAUAAAAGGAAUUAAGCUUAUUAAAAGAGCCAGUGAAGUCAAAACAACAUUGAUAAUUAAGGAUUGGCCUGGAAUGAGUUCUACUGCAUGAAAUCAAGGAAUAAGUUUAGAAUAAAAAUUACUUUCAGGUUCUCUGAUCUCAGUGAUUAGCCAAAGACUUUUGAUUCUCAGAGAAUGUGAAAUUUUACUGUAUAUGAACUGAAGCAUAUACUGAAGUGGGGUUUGGGGGAGGG